AUGCGCUCCCUGAAUCGAGAGGGACGGGAGCUAGAGAAGCGGAUCGAUCAGUCCGACUAUGAAGAGCCAAUACUAGAGACAAAAGAACUUUUUCAUUCGGAGGAGGAGACACAAGGUUACUCCCGUCGUGAGUACAUCACCAAUGGUGCUAGUAAUUAUUUGGCAGGGGGUCACCUUCUCAUCAAAGCCAAAACUUUCUCCUUUCACUUCAGAAAUACUGAACCAUUCGAUAUCCAGAAUCAAGAUGCCAUUCUCCAAAUUGCAGCAAGAUGUGGCCGUGUUGGCCUUGAUGACAGGACUCAAGGAAGGGUCGCCAUUCCGAAACUACCUGGGCCGAAAGUCUUACACAUCCCUGGGGCCAGUCCUUGGCAAGGCCAAUGCAAUGAUUAUAUCAGGGGAGAAGAAUUUGAUAGGGUCGUGACCAAUCGCGAGCCACAGAAGAAAAAGGAGGACAAGCACAGAAAAAAGAAGGGUCACGAGAGUGAUCGUGGCCGAGAUGAAAGAAGACAAGAGUCAAAUGUGGUCAAAAGAGGAAGCGACCGCGAAAGAGAGAACGAAAGAUAUGACCGUGAAAGGAGAGAUCGCGAGAAAAGCGGUCGGGAAAUGGGUGAACGCAAAGAGAAGUUUGACGCGUACACUCAACUCACCACAGUUAGAAGCCAGAUCUAUUUGAUGAAUAAAGACAGUGAUAAAUGGCAGCGUCCAAAACAGAUGUUCCACAAAAACCGAGACAAAACCAAGUGGUGCAAUUUUCACGGGGAUCACAGACAUCUUACGGAGGACUGUCGGCAUCUGAAGGAUAAUUUGGAGGAUUUGCUGAGAAGAGGAUAUUUCAGCCAGUAUAAGGCUCAGACGCGAAGUGGAGAUAUAGUCGAGCCAGCUAACCAGAACGUUCAAUCAAGGAUCAUUGAGAUCCAUGUGAUAAGCGAUGGACCCAUUCAUGGCGGAAGCAUGAAUGGAGCAAAGACAAGUUUGAAAGAGUUUACGUAG